GAACCUCCUGGCAAAGAAGCCGCGCGACGAGCAGCAGCGAGCGCAGGUGCGCAGCAAGGAGGUGCCGCUGCCUGACGGGCCCCCUGCUGUGCUGGACGCCAAGGACUUGCAGCUCGCGCUGCAGCUCAGCGAUGCGUUCGAAAUUAACGAGGUGGACUGUGUUGCAUUGCUGGUGGCGGCACACCAUGAGUGGGGCAUAGCAGGGAGGGCGGACAGUGACGUGGUGCGGCUGGCAGCGGGGCUGUGGUUCACAGAGAGGCGUGCGCUGCUCUCCACGCUCUUCCUCCUCCUCAAGGUGGCAGUGCUGGACGACAGUGCAUCAGACCCUCUUCUCCUAGACCACGUGCGUCGCUACCUGCGCUCGCUGCUCCAAUCAGGCCUCACCGCCCGCCUCUUCCGCCUGCUUCAAGAGCUCAACCGACCCGACGCCUCUGGUUCGGGCUCCCCGAGCCUGGCUCUCGUGGUGGCUGGGGCUGCUCCCCCCGCUGGGACGUCGCCGUAUGUGAUGGACGGGAGGGGGCUGCUGGCGAGGCGGGGGGAUGUGGUGCAGCGGGAGAGGCUGCUGGUGGCUCAGUGCGUGGCGCUCGCAUGCCUGCUCUGCCGACUCGACCCCAAGGAGGCCAAGGAGCUCUUUGAGCUGCUGCAAGACGCCGCCCGUGAUUGGUCCGCUGCUGCAGCUGCCUCCUCUUCCUCCUCCACCGCCCUCGCCCUUCCCCCCAUCCCCACGCCCUUGUCUCUCCCGGUUGCCCCCUCACCCGCGCCCGCCUCUGUCAGCACUGCCACAGAAGCAGUGGCGCUGCACAUCACCUACACGCUCAUGUUCGCGCUGCUGCACGCCCUGCUCUCCGACUCCCUUGCCUCCCCCUCCUCCGCCGCUGCUUCUGCAGCUGGGGGGCCCGCUGCCCCUGCUGCUGGUGCCCCUGCGUCCCCCUCCCCCUCUGCGGCCCUGCCGGCUGUGCUGGCGCCCAACGAGGCGUUCCGCAAGGAGUUCAGCAAACUUGUAAGUUUGACGGUUCAUUGA